AUGGAAACAGAACUUUCAAACUUCGCUGAGAAGACAAGCAUCAGAGGAAUUCCGAAGUUUUUCAGAGCAAGUGAUAUUUUUCUGAAACUACUUUGGCUGUUUACGGUGUUGGCGUCAACAACAUUCACGAUAUUUUUGCUGUACGAAUCAAUUGGUAAAUUCAUUUCAAUGCCUGUCACGACUAGUUUUGGUGAAAAAGUUGAUCAAAAGAUAACAUUCCCAGACAUCACGUUAUGCAAUUUAGACCCAUUCGCUGAGGGUAAGCCUAAGGAGUUAACUUUUAAAGAAUUUUUCAAUUUGAUUGAUAGCGGAAAAAACAUGGUGAUUGAAGAAAUUAGUUCAAUAAAUAAAUUGAGAAAAGAUAAUUCAUUCAAAACGUUUGACGCCGAUGGUAUAAUUAAUGAGUUCCAAUCGUCUUCUGGCUACAUGUUGAAUUUGAGGAAAGACCGUCCCAAAUCAGAAGACUGCCCCCAUUUCAUCGUUGAGUGCAGUUUCUUUGACUAUGACUGGUUCAAAAUGGAUAAUCCAUGCUCAUCUGAAAAUUUCACGAGACGUUGGAAUGCGAACUAUUACACAUGCUACACUUUGAAGACGAGCACAUUACAGAUAGACAACUCAACAGUUGUUAGAGGAUUAACUCUGCUACUGAACAUUGGUCCUCCGAAUUAUAAUCAGCUUCCUUACAAAUCCUCACUAACAAACUCACAAGCCAGGAGAGUAGUUGUUAGUGUGCACCUUCCAGGAACUGCACCUGAUCUCAAACGUGGAUUCACACUGGCUCCUGAGCUUUAUAACAGCAACGUAUGCACAGAGUACUGCCAGCAACAGCUGAUGCAAACCAAUUGCGGUUGUAUGACUCACCUGUUCAGUUUGCCUGAUGAAAAUAUCGAUGAAAUUGAAAUGUGUGGAAACUUGUCAGUGUCUCAAACCGAGACUGAGGAGACGUCUUUGGAACGGAGCAUUAAACAAUUUAUUUGUUCGGCAGUAAAUAUUUCGCAAGAAAAUGUUGAAUACUGCAAGAAGGAAUGUUUGUUACCUUGCAACGAGCUCACAUUUGAAACUCUGCUUUCGACAGCAACUUGGCCUCAACCGUCCAUUCAAAUGGAUCUUUUUAAUAAGUUUUUCAACGUUUGCAUGGAUUCACACGCUAAAGUUAGAGCCAGGUACAUCAAUUAUUUCAGCUACAAUCUCCAAAAUCAAGAACUCUUUGCCGAGUAUGACAGUAGUAACAGAUUCAAUGGAUUUUCAUUUUCGAAUUUAACACAAAUUCAAGAAUCUCUUCUCCAGAUAAAAUUUGUUAUCAAUCAAAAUUAUCUUUACUACCAAUCAGAAAGUUUCACAUACAACUGGCAAUUAAUGACUGGCUCCAUUUGA